UUUUCAUUUAAGUAGAUUUUUUUGUUACUGGGCCUAUUGUAAAAUUUGUAGGUUGUAUAGCGAAUUCCAACAAUCUGCAAUUUAAGUAUAUUCCUACACUGGACCUGCUGACUGCCCUGCUGUAAUUAUCUCAAAGCAAAUGACCAACCUCGCAGCUCAACCUUCCCAAUCAUAAUGUCCUUUGUACACCAAAUUCAAGUUUAUUCUUAUCGUGAAUGCAUAGACCUUCGAUGCUCUGGUCAAUCGUCUACUUCAGCAACAUUUUGGGCCGCACAGCUGCAAAAUUUUUUCAUAACUGACGGUGGCGUCAAUGACUCUAGUGUUCGAUUUGCCGGCUACUGUGCGCUAGUAAGCGAGCUGCUACCACACUGUCGAUAGCACUUCGGCCUGAGUACAUUCGUCCACCACCUAGCUGUCAACGCUUAAAGAGAACGUCAUGAGUAUGUGAUUUUCCAGAUCUAAGAAGGCAUCAGUCUGUCGCCCUGGUAAUUAAAUAUAUGCUUAGGACACCAUCAAGAAGCUGGGUGUAAAAUUUACCGAGAAACUCUGCAUUAAGGCACCACUUGUACAAGUUGAGACUCUACAUUCCCUUUUACUCGGUGGUCAUGUGCUAAGUUCACCUGCAAUCGGGCGAACUAGCUGUGCAACCUCAUAGUCGCGUUACUCACCCGCACAAGGCCAUUGGAAUUAAUGAAUCUAGUAUCAUAACGCUGCUCGCCAUUCUUUGAGCGUGCUAUCACUUGACAUGUGUUGGCGACAAGAAAACGAGAAGUUUGACUGAAGCGAAGACCACCAUUGCUGCAAAGUUGCCAAACAAAUGCUGGAAAGAUACAACAUUCAUGACAUGUUU